ACAAACAAACAGCGACGCACCGACAGUGUACUCUCUUGCUUCUCUCGUGGGCCUCUCGAGCCUACGUGCCUGUGCGUCAUGUCGUCACGUGCUUUCCCUCUCGCUGUCCUCCGGUACAGACUAAGGAUCGCAGUCAUGGCUUCGUGAAGCGACACAUGGCAUCUUGAAGCCAUGAACCAAAUUAAUAAACACAACAAACAUCAACAACUACUCACCGGAAAGCGGACACAUUUAAAUAGCAGGCGUGUUUGAUUUCAUUCGUAAUUACAGCAACUCCGGUAAUAUCUGCAGCUAGCAGUCAGUCACACUGGGGGAGAGGCGCACUGCAACCUCCCCCGGUUUAUUUUCCUAUGAUACUCAGUUUUCUUUACCGUCACUUUUAAGUUUCUUUUCUAAGAGAAGCUCGACAUGGGUGUGCAAGGUUUCCUGGAGUAUAUUGAGAAGCACUGUCCCAACGCGGUGGUGCCGGUGGACCUCCAGAGGUUGGCUCGGGGGAGUUUGGUUGGAGGUGGGCGGCAGAGACCCCCUCAGAGUCCGCUGAGGUUGCUGGUGGACGCCGAGAACUGCCUCCAUCGGCUCUACGGGGGCUUCUACACCGACUGGGUCUGCGGGGGCCAGUGGAACCACAUGCUGGGCUACUUGGCCGCCCUCUCCCAGGCCUGCUUCAACGGGAACAUUGAGCUCCUGGUGUGCUUCAAUGGCGCCCUGGAGAAAGGCCGUCUUCACGAGUGGGUCAAGCGGCAGGUGAACGAGAGGCAGACCGCUCAGCAGAUCAUCAGCCACGUCCAGAAUAAAGGCACCCCACCGCCCAAAGUCUGGUUCCUGCCUCCCGUGUGUAUGGCCCACUGCAUCCGACUUGCUCUCCUCAAGUUCCGCGUCGGGGUUGUCCAGAGUAUGGAGGACCACCACCUGGAAGUGAUAGCCUUAUGCAGGAAGAGUGGCUUCCAUGGUCUGGUGGCUUACGACUCGGAUUACGCCCUGAGCAAUAUCCCAUACUACUUCAACGCCCACAUCCUCAAACUGAGCCGCAACGGCAAAAACCUCACCACCAGCCAGUACCUGAUGCACGAAGUGGCACGGCAGCUCGAUCUCAGCCCCAAUCGUUUUGUCAUUUUUGCAUCGCUUUUAGGGAAUCACUUACUGCCUGAUGAAGACUUGGCUGCCUUUCACUGGAGCUUACUUGGUCCAGAGCAUCCCUUGGCAUCUUUGAAGGUGCGUGCUCAUCAGCUCGUGCUUCCUCCCUGUGAUGUUGUAAUCAAGGCCGUGGCCGACUAUGUCCGCAGCAUCCCCGACAUCACUGACCUGGAGACCAUCGGCAAGGACAUCUUCAAGAAUUCACAGUCUUGCACUGAUGACAAAAUCUUCCGCUUCAAGAAGGCAGUGGACUACUACUCAGUGGCCAACCAGCCCCAACAUUUACCUCUACAGUUGGUUAGACCAAAACACACAGGGGUGCCAGCCGCAGUGCCAUCUCCAAAACUACUCGCCAUUCCACAGGCGCCGCAGCCUGACAAACACGGGGUCCAGCACUCGCACACAGACGCUGUGGUGGAGAGCAGCCAGUCUGUGGACUCGGUUGAGAAAGCUCUCUCAGAGCAAAAGAGCUUCAGCAGCAUUUCUCCUGAAGGGAGGUACACUCCCCUGUAUGAGAGAUCCUCCCCCAUUAACCCCAGGCAAGCCGGCAGCCCCAACCACGCAGAGGCUCCUUUCUUCAAUGCCUCCUCCACGUCGUCUUCCUCAGAGAACGAUGAGAGCUCUGGCACAACUGCCAAUCACGUCAAAGAAGAAUGGCACAAAAAUGGACAUGCUUCUCACACUUCCAACACACCAGAGAGAGGUGAAGAGGUGAAAACUGACCUGUGUGGGACCUCUGCUGUGAACCUGGGGUCACAGGAUGGAGAUCUCCAAGGCCUGAAUGCACAAAUCCCCUCCCUGCUCUCCAUGCCCACCAGGAACCAUAUGGACAUUACCAUCCCACCUCUCCCUGCCGCGGCCCCCGAGGUCCUGCGGGUUGCCGAGCACAGACACAAGCAGGGCCUCAUGUACCCUUACGUCUACCACGUCCUCACUAAGGGAGAGAUUAAGCUGUCUGUCACCAUUGAAGAUGAAGCCAACAAAGACCUGCCUUCAGCAGUGCAACUGUUUCGACCUAUCCGUCAGUAUGUUUACGGAGUGCUCUUCAGCCUGUCAGAGGCCAGAAAGAAGACUGAGAGACUCGCCAUGAGGAAGAACUGCCUCCCUGAGUACACACAUGUCAUGGUUAAAGAGUGGGCUGCCUACAAAGGCAAAUCUCCCCACACUCCAGAGCUGGUGGAGGCUCUGUCCUUUAGGGAGUGGACAUGUCCCAACCUCAAGAAGCUGUGGUUGGGGAAAGCCGUGGAGGACAAGAACCGCAGGAUGAGGGCGUUUCUGGCCUGCAUGCGCUCUGACACCCCGGCCAUGCUGAACCCCGACAACGUCCCCACGCCCCUCUUAGUGCUGUGUUGUGUGCUCCGGUUUAUGUUACAUUGGCCAGGAGUAAGAAUUUUGCGUCGUUACGAACUUGAUGCUUUCCUAGCUCAAGCACUUUCUCCUAAACUUUAUGAACCUGACCAGCUGCAGGAACUUAAGAUUGACAACCUGGACCCUAGGGGAGUCCAGCUGGCUGCUCUGUUCAUGAACGGCGUGGACAUGGCUCUGUUCGCUAAUGACGCAUGCGGGCAGCCGAUUCCCUGGGAGCACUGCUGCCCGUGGAUGUACUUUGAUGGCAAGCUGCUUCAGAAUAAACUCGUCAGGGCCAGCAGGGAGAAGGCCCAGCUCAUCGACCUCUGUGACGGUCAGGCUGAGCUGGCGGCCAGGGUGGAAAAGAUGCGUCAGAGUAUCCUGGAAGGUCUCAACUUUGCUCGGCCACCUCAUCUGCCUCCGUUCCCCCCACCGCCACCUCUGCCUCCUCACGGGAUGCCUUUCUACCCUCCCACUGGUUAUUUCUACAACCCGCCACCAAUGACGCCUCCUGCAGGGAGAGGCAGGGGGGUGCCCGGAUUUGAAGCAGUCCAAACACAAGGUGGGAAGCUGGAGAUCGCCGGCACUGUGGUGGGUCAGUGGUCUGGUACACGACGCAGCCGAGGAAGAGGAGGCAUCCCUCUCCAGGUGGUGUCUGUCGGUGGACCAAACAGAGGUCGUCCAAGAGGCGUGAUUUCUACACCGCUCAUAAGGACGUUUGGUCGGGGAGGACGGUACCAUGCCCAAACCUUCAAGAGCCAGGGAACGUACCUGAGCAAGCCUGCUUACAAGCCUGCUCAAACAUCUGGAAACAACCUAGUGAAGGACCAAAAGAAGCCCAAGCAGGAGGAAAAGAAAUCCUCCCCUGCACAGCACGGUGAGAGCUUAGCCAUGGAGAACGGUGUGGAGGACAAGGAGCCAGAGCAGCUGAAUGGAGAGAGAGAGGAAUGUGGGGCUCUCAUCCAACCUGAAAGUGCCUUUAGCAGUGACUCCAAGACGUGCAAUACUAAUCUUCACUUAAAUGCACUAAAUGUAGACAGUGGCUGCCAUAGAGAUGAAGGUCUAGAGGCCACUGUCUCAACAGAAGAUUAAACCUAUUUUUCUAGAGAGGGUGAAGGAUGAAACAUGGAGCAAGGUUAGGAACACAUGGAAAUAUGGAAAGCUUACAUUCAUUGUACUUUUUUCUUUUCACACAAAGAAACGAGAUGUAAUUCGGAUCCCUCUCUCUAAACACACGAGAUCCUAACACCGGUAACGUGGAGUCACUCACUCCCUUGUCACUUCAAAUCAGAAGGUUACUACUUGAAGACGCUUUAAUUUGAAAAUAUGAGUUCAUCUAUGUUUGACCUGCUUCUAGUACUUACCAUGUUGCAGGUAUGGAUUUUGUGUUAUCAUUGUAACCGCUCAGUGAAACAAGUGAGGCAUAAUCUUGUGCUUCCAUCACCACUUUGAGUUGUGUUCAUGUUUAAACAGCUCUGUCCCUCACUAGACAUGAGCUUCACGCUGUUUCGCUUAUUUAACUGUAAGUAACGCCUCGAGAAACAGCUCUCGAAUCACACACGCAAAAAAAGAAAACUUGAAUUGGGGUUUUGAGCUGUACUCGAAGAUGUAGAGCUGUAGUGUUACCACUUUGAUAGAAAUCUUCUGCAUGGUUCGCAGUCUAACCAGUGUGUAGUUAUUAUGCAUGCUGUCCUUUUUCUUCCAUUCUUCCCGGUGCCCAAUUACAAAUUAAUGAAACAUCUAAUACCAACAAAAGUCCAAAAAAGUAGUUGUUCUAACCUGGAAUCUUCUUGUGAUAUUGACCUCUGUUGCAUUAAAAAAAAAGUUAUUUAGCCACUUUGGAGUAGUGUAUUCAUACUAUAUUGUUCUGUUACUGUUUCCUGUUUUAGUCAAAAAAAUGAAGCUCACCCUUUGUGUAGCUAAAAGGCAGCGUGCUCCACCUUUAAAUCAAAACUUUGGCCAUUAACCAGUAAUCAUUAGGGAGAUUUCCUUUAGUGUUAUUUAUACACUUGUAAUUCCUCUUCACCAGAAUCAUCAUUUCAUGUUUUCACUUAAUACUGCCAAAGCUUUUCAUCUACCACUAGUGAUUGGAGAAAUGGUGUAAUCUCCUCCCCCAGUCCCCCUCGCAAGAGCUAAAUGGGUUACCUUCUGUGUAAGUUGAUCAGAGUUUCCGCCUAACUCUUGGAUUGUAAAAGAAUGAACUGCUGAUGGGUUUGGUUGAAUGUUCGUAGAUUUUGGUGUGGUGUACUUGAAAGCAACUUAGCUACAAUGCUUAAUAAAACUAUAUUCUUUUAGUACA